AGCAAUCCUAGAGCAACGUGUCUCUGUCAUGGCAGCCACUCCAGGUGGCAGUUUCCUGAGCACUGUCUCCAGUUGAUCACAGCAGGAGGAACCAGUGCCUCAUCUUCCUCACCCGGACGGGGGAAAUGCUGUGACAGAUGUAUUUAAAGAGACCUGCAGCUGGUCUGUCCUUCUGUCUCUUCUAUUUGGCUUCUUAUUUCACCAACAAGUAUGUCCUGUCUGUCCUGAAAUUCACCUACCCUACCCUUUUUCAAGGGUGGCAGACAUUAGUUGGUGGAUUUCUGCUCCACAUCUCAUGGAAGCUGGGCUGGGUGGAGAUCAGUUGCAGUUCCAGGUCUGAAGUACUGACAUGGCUCCCGGCUUCAGUGCUUUUUGUGGGCAUUAUCUAUGCAGGUUCCAGGGCAUUAUCUAGAUUGCCAAUUCCUGUGUUCCUUACUGUCCACAAUGCAGCAGAAGUUAUAAUCUGUGGAUUCCAGAAGUUUGUGCAGAAAGAGCAGACCUCUCUCCUAAAAAUCUGUAGUGUGCUGUUCCUCCUGAUCGCAGCAGGGUGCCUUCCUUUGUUUGAUACGCAGUUUGAUCCAGAUGGCUAUUUCUGGGCUCUAAUUCACUUGAUUUGUGUUGGGGUUUACAAAGUCAUUCACAAGUUGUGGAAAACUAGUUCCUUAAGUGAUUUAGACCAACAAUAUAUAAACUAUGUAUUCAGUGUGGUGCUUUUGGCCUCAGUGUCCCAUCCAGCAGGUGAUCUCUUCAGUGCCUUGGACUUCCCAUUUCUGUACUUCUACAGAUUUCACAGCAGCUGCUGUGCCAGUGGACUGCUGGGAUUCUUUCUGAUGUUGCACACAGUGAAGCUAAAAAGCAUCACAUCCUCUUGGCAAUAUGCAGCCUGGAGUUUCCUUGCAAAGGUUACCACAGCUGGUUUAUCACCAUUUAUCUUUGGCAUGACUGUUAAUGUACGAACAGUUUGUUGGUUUACGGUGUGCUUCUGGAUUUUUGUACAUUGGAUUUUCUUCAUGCAAACUCCUUACACUAAAGUAAAAAGAAGAACAGAAAAUUCAGUUUGUACAAAUCAUAAAUAUAGUCAGAAAUGGCAGCAGAAGCAAGUAGCUUUCUAUGUCCCAAAGGAAGACAAUGACAACAGCAAUAAAAAACCCUCUUCAACACACAAGUGAUAGCACUGAAUAGUUUUACUUGCUGUUACUGGGGGGACAUGCCUGCUUUUUUUAUUUAUUUAGACCUCUGUAUGGUAAAGUAUAUGUUACAUAAUACCAAAAUAUUAUGAAUGAUAUGGAAUGAAUUAUUUCCUGACCCACUUUAAGUCAAAA